GCGUGAGUUUAGUGUUCGUGACGCUGAUUGGCUCUGGAACCGGUGUUUAUAGCCAAUAGCAAGAGAGAUUGUUGGUCUAGUGCGGCUUUUUCCAGGGACGAGCUGGUGUCCAUUGUGCGGGAGUGUGAGGAACGACGAUCAGGAACAUGAGGGGUGAACGAGGACGUGGACGUGGCCGCUUUGGCUCCAGAAUGGGACCUAACGCAGGUUUCAGACCCUUCGUCCCUCACAUUCCCUUUGAUUUCCACGUGUGUGAAAUGGCCUUCCCUCGUGUGAAACCCGCCCCAGAUGAUGGCACACUCAGUGAGGCGCUGCUCAAACGGAACCAAGAUCUGGCUCCUACAACAACUGAGCAGGCCUCCAUUCUUUCUCUGGUAACCAAAAUCAACAACGUUAUUGACAAUUUGAUUGUAGCCCCUGGAACCUUUGAAGUGCAAAUUGAAGAGGUGCGACAGGUGGGCUCCUACAAAAAAGGGACAAUGUCCGCUGGCCAUAAUGUUGCAGACUUGGUUGUCAUUCUAAAGAUCCUCCCCACACUGGAAGCCGUUUCUGCUUUGGGCAUUAAGGUAGUUGAGACCAUGAGGACACAAGAACCAGCAGAAGUUCUUACAAUGCUAACAAAUGAGACUGGCUUUGAGAUCAGUUCAGCAGACGCCACCAUUAAGGUCCUCAUCACAACUGUGCCGCCAAACCUACGCAAGCUGGACCCAGAGUUGCAUUUGGACAUCAAAGUUCUACAGAGCGCACUGGCAGCCAUCAGGCACGCACGGUGGUUUGAGGAGAACGCCUCCCAUUCUACAGUGAAGGUUUUAAUUCGCUUGUUGAAAGACUUGAGGAGUCGGUUUCCUGGAUUUGAACCUCUAACUCCCUGGAUCCUUGACCUCUUGGGGCACUAUGCAGUGAUGAAUAAUCCAACCAGGCAGCCACUGGCACUCAAUGUGGCCUAUAAGCGCUGCCUACAGAUCCUCGCUGCUGGUCUUUUCCUCCCUGGCUCAGUUGGCAUUACAGACCCCUGUGAAAGUGGCAACUUCAGGGUUCAUACUGUCAUGACUCUGGAGCAGCAGGACAUGGUUUGUUACACUGCCCAGACGUUGGUCCGAAUUCUCUCACACGGAGGCUACAGGAAGAUUUUGGGCCUGGAGGGAGAUGCCAGUGCUCUUGCCACUGAGAUGUCCACCUGGGACGGUGUCAUUGUGACCCCUUCAGAGAAGGCCUAUGAGAAGCCCCCUGAGAGGAAAGAAGGAGAGGAGGAUGAUAACCAGGAAAUUCCAGAAGGUGCAGAAGAAGAGGAGAGUAUGGAGACACAAGAGUGAUGUUAAGUUAAAGAUUUCACUUGUUCUGGAUUCUCCCUGUACCAGCCCCGGGGCAGAACAUAUUGGGUCUAUUUCUGGACCAAACUCCUGUGGUUUUGUUUUUCCUUUGUUCUUAACUUGUGAUGUGACUUGUUUUAUACUGUAGGGAUAUGUUGUUGUUUUUUUUUUGCCAGCAAUAAAUUUUAUUUCGCUUU